CUUCUUUCAGUGAUCUCAAUGGAUUAGGUUACUAGACCUGCAGAAAAUACUUGAAUCACGAUGCUAAUGAACUUUUACGGGAACGAAACUUGCCCUGGUGUACCAUCACGGUGUACGAGAAUAUCUUACACCGUGUGCAACAUGAAGACAGACCACGGUGUAAAAAAAUAUUAAUUUCUCUUACACCGUGACCAUGACUUUAAUUAAUGAACGGAUCUUCUAUGCCUUUUAAAAUUAUCGAUUCAUGAAUCCUCCAAAGAGUCGGAGCAAGAUCCAGUUCUCUUCUCUGAGCCGGAUAAGAAGAGAGCUGGCAGAGAGCAGAGAGUAUAGAGCUUGUAGAGCGGGGGCCUCCAGUUCAGUUCCCUGCUGUUGCUGGUAGCUGGCUGGUAGCCUCUUCUCGCUGGGGGAAGUUCCCAGUUUCUGCCUGAGAGAAGUGGUGGAAAGUACCUGCUCGUGUUUUCCGCAUAGUCGUGCAUGCACAUGUCAUUGUGUUUGCGUGGGUGUCGGAAGUGAGAAAUUUCAGUAAGUUUAUGCCAAAACGCGUGUUCAGUUCAAAGUGAUAACCUGCAUUGGGGCGGAAAUCCUCCUGGUGCAGUGUCGAGAACAGAAUAAGUCAUUGAUGCAAAGCAACAAUGCAGUGUGGGUGACGUAAGACAAUAUUGAAUCAGUAUUUUUGUACAUUGUGUGAUAAAAUGGCAACGUGCGGAGAGUAUAUUAAAUCUGAGUUCCCCUCAAUUGAUGAAGAUUUAUAUCAGUAUGUUGAAGGUAUUCUUGCAAGUGGUGCAGAUGAUUUUGAAGAUAGUAAUGAAUUAUAUGAUGCCAUUGGAGAGGUACUUCAUGAAGUAGCUGAAAACAAGUCAGAAAUAGAAAUAAGAAAUAUUUGUGAGAGACUGCUAGGAAUUAUGAAACCUGAUAAAGCAUUACCGAGUGGACCAGCAAAAGUGUUGAGUACACCUGUUCAUUUGGGAAGUAUGGCAGCCAGCUUAGAAACAAAUGUGGAAGAAAUAAAAAGUAUAUGGGUUAUGUCGAGGGAUGAUGCUUUGAAAGUAGAUGCAAAAAAGCUAGAGAAAGCAGAAGCUCGGUUGCAACAAAAGCAAGAAAAGCGGAGCCAAGAUUUAGCUAAUAGUCGGGCCCCAGUUGCACCACGUUUGGAGUCAGCCACAGCUUCACAAGUGACUAGCAAAAAGGAGGCAAAAAUGGAGGAUAAAGGAAGCAACAGAGCGCAGGAUAUACGCAUAGAAAAUUUUGAUGUUGCCUAUGGAAAUAGGGUUUUAUUGACGGCUGCUGAUCUUACUCUUGCAUUUGGCCGACGCUAUGGACUUGUAGGACGUAAUGGUCUAGGAAAGACUACUCUGUUGAGAAUGAUCUCAAGUGCACAGCUGCGGAUACCUUCACAUAUAUCAGUGUUACAUGUGGAACAAGAGGUUGUAGGAGAUGAUACCCCUGCACUUCAGAGUGUCCUACAGUGUGAUACAGUUAGGGAGAAUUUGCUUCAGCGUGAACGUCAUUUACAGUCACAAAUCAAUAGUGGUUGCAGUGACCCCAGUCUUGGAACUGAGCUGUCAGAGGUGUAUGUACAGCUUCAGAACAUUGAAGCUGACCGUGCACCUGCACGAGCUAGCAUUAUUCUCAAUGGCUUGGGAUUCUCCAGUGAAAUGCAACAGCGGCCAACAAAACAAUUCUCUGGUGGCUGGCGGAUGAGACUUGCUCUGGCACGUGCUUUGUUUUCUAGACCAGAUCUCCUUUUGUUGGAUGAACCUACUAACAUGUUGGAUGUGAAAGCAAUUAUUUGGUUAGAAAAUUAUCUGCAAAACUGGCCUACAACGCUUCUAGUAGUCUCCCACGAUAGGCACUUUUUGGACACUGUACCUACUGAUAUUCUUCAUUUACAUACACAGAGGAUAGAUUCAUAUAGGGGAAAUUAUGAAAAUUUUGAGAAGACAAAAGCUGAGAAAUUAAAGAACCAGCAACGUGAAUUUGAAGCUCAGCAACAGCAUAGAGCCCAUGUGCAAGAGUUUAUAGAUCGUUUCCGUUACAAUGCAAACCGAGCAUCCAGUGUUCAGAGCAAGAUAAAAAUGCUGGAAAAACUACCGGAACUGAAGGCUGUAGAGAAGGAAGUGGAAGUGGUCCUUAAAUUUCCAGAAGCUGAUCCUCUUUCACCUCCCAUCCUACAGCUUAAUGAGGUUUCGUUCUCAUAUGAACAAGGGGUUACGAUCUUUAGUGGAGUGAACCUUGGUGCUACAUUGGAAUCAAGAAUUUGUAUUGAUAUCUGCAUUGCAAAUAACAAAAAUUCCCUUGUAUCAAAGAUGUAUAUGAUGGUCCUAAAAGGCAAACCUGUAGAAGAAUACAGACGACAACUGGGAAGUUUUGGUGUCACUGGUGAUUUAGCUCUUCAAACUGUUGCCAGUCUAUCAGGAGGGCAGAAGUCUCGUGUUGCAUUUGCAAAAAUGUGCAUGGGUGCUCCUAAUUUUCUAGUACUAGAUGAACCAACUAACCAUUUAGACAUUGAGUCUAUUGAAGCAUUAGGCAAAGCUAUCAACAAGUACACUGGUGGUGUAGUGUUAGUGUCCCACGAUGAACGACUUAUUCGUAUGGUUUGUCGAGAACUGUGGGUGUGUGGGUCUGGUAGUGUACGUAGCAUAGAAGGUGGGUUUGAUGAAUAUCGGCGAAUUGUUGAACGAGAAUUGGAAGUGCAAGCUAAAUAGAAAAAUAGCUCUCCUCCCAGCUGAUUCCAUGAAAGUCACCUCUUCACCUCUUGCAAAUGUGCAUUGUGCCAGAGACUGUUGACAAUCUGUGUUGGAAUUGCAAACAUAUUUAUAAAACAUGUACAAUAAACAUUUUCAUGGAUACCGAAUGUGUGUUUGAUUAGCCAUAAAAUGAUAUGUAGCAUGCUCAAUGCAAUGAGUAGUUAAAGCAAGUCCAUUCCUAGAGACCCAGAAUUGAAUUUCUGGUUUAAGAAACACUGAUCAUGUGCAUUGAAGUUUCACAAAAGUAUGCACUGAAUGGAGCUAAAAUCCGAGAGACUACUUAAAGUCUCCAGAUAUUUCUUAUCAAAUAAAACAAUUGUCGAAUAUUUGAUUGUUGAGAGAGGUGUGUUUAUAGUUUAGAGCAAUUCUUGUGUUAAUAAGAGGCUCAAAGACCUAACAAGUAAAGAGUGGUUUAAGCAAAAAAGUUACCCUAAAACGAAUAUCCUACAAGGGUGUUAUAACACCCUUAUGGAUGUUAAGUCAUUCAGUAUGAAACUGCCUGCAGUAAAGUCAGACUGACUGUUGAUGGUUUAUUUAUUAGAAGGGGAUUAGUAUGUAUUAGUAAUAAUAGUAAUGCAAGCCUCUCUGCAUGCUAACCUAUAUUUCUCCAUUUUGAAAUUUCAGGGCUCCAUUCUUGUGAAACUCAAUCCCAACAUUCAUGAAUAAUAUUAUUGUAUAUUAUUUAUAUGAUAUAUAUAUUCCUUGAUUUACUAGGCCUUUUCUAUUGGUCUAUUUUAGAAACAAAUUGAAAAACAGCAGAAUAGUAUCAAUUCAUGUCUUUAAGAAAAAUUUUGAGGACUGCAUUCAAUUGUAAUAAGAACCAUCCUGCAACAUGCUCUAUUUAUAGAUAUUCUGUGAAAUUAAAACAAGGUAAUUCUGCUGCAUUUCAAAAGGCUUUGCAAACCAUUUAAAACAUUGCAAUGUACUGCUGUCUUAUUAGUCCAAGUAGGAGAGAAGCAUAAUAAUUGUGAUUUGAAAUACUAGUUUUAGAUGAAGGUAAACAUUAUCAUGAAACAAAUUUUCACACUCAAGAGGGAAACAAUUGUCACACUUUGGUAUGAAAUUUUGAUGUAUACUGAGAAACUAUGCUUACUGGUAUGAAAGAGGUGCAACUAGUCUGAUUAAUUAAUGGCAAGGGAGUUUUGAAUGCAUUGUGAUACUUUAUUCUCUACCCAUUUCUUCUAAUACCUCUAAUUUACAGCAGAAGAGUUUUUUUUUUACAGUUAUCGCUUUGACCCUUUGGGUUAAAUAAUAAAUUCACAUAUUAAAGUAGCAAGUAUCAGUUCUUCAUGCAAAACUACUCAAGAUAUUUUGCAAACGCUUGCUUGGGGUAAUGGUGGGUUUAACAGCAGCAGUGUUUGGCCUCAGAACCUUCAAUUUUUUAUAAAAAAUUAAUCCUUUUUGGCAAUGAUGCUCUUGAGUAAUGUGCACUUUCCAAGGCCAUAAAUGGAAGUAAAUAUCUGUGUAAUGUGUAUAAAGUGUGAUAGUGGUGUUGCAUAUAAUUUAUAUUGAGCCUUCAAUGAAAAGCCUUGGACAUUUCCAAACGAAACAUUAUUGAAGUUUUUUCUAAUAAUUCCUUCAUCUAAUGCCUUCAAAGGAAGAUAAUUUUCAGUUUUAACAAGAGUAAAAAUGUAUUUAAGAAAUUCAGUGGGAGAAGAAAGACUAAAUCACUUCAAUCUUAAAAAGAAAUUUUAAACUGCAUUGACACUGCCGAAAUAAUUAAUGGUUUUGCAAAAGAAAUAAAGCAAGAAUAUUCAUG